GCGAAGCCAAGCACCACCACCAACAAUCACGAUCAACAUCACACCCGUUAACUUCACGAUAUCACUCGACAUCAACCAUCACAGCGUGUUUUUCUCGGGAAAUAUCAACUUUGGUUGACAGAUCAACACUCUCUCUGAUAGUUUCCGACGUCCAUUGCCGCCGUCGCCAGAGCUUCCAAACACAUACACACCCCGCAGCCGGCAUCCCCAGCAGCAAGCCCAACAUGGCCGAACGCAACCUCCAACAAGUUCUCACCCAGCUCCGCGGCAAGGGCUCCUCCCUGCCCUACGCUGAAUCCUCUGCCCUCCUCUCCAAGGCCAAGCUUCACCUCCUCCAGCUCAACGCACUCACCCCGUCAUCCGGCCCCGCACAGCAACAGACGUCGCCCCAGCUCCUCGCCCUCGCCCGCGAGACGUACGAGCACGGCGCCCUCGCCUCCAUCCGCGCAAAGAACCCGGACGCCUUCACCCGCUACGUUCAGCAGCUCCAGCCCUUCUACGAGCUCCCCUCCAACCUCCUUCCGCCCAACUUGGCCGACCGCAACAAGGUUACCGGCCUCUACCUGCUCCUGCUCCUCACCCAGGGUCGCUACGCAGAGUUUCAUUCGGAGCUCGAGAGCCUCGCUAACCGCGAGGGUGGUGGCGACAGCAGCGCCGUGGAGGGUGACAAGUACCUCGGCUACCCCAUCCGUCUCGAGAGGUGGUUGAUGGAGGGGAGCUACGACCGCGUAUGGAACGCUCUCAAGAGCCGUGAGGUGCCGAGCGAGGAGUACGGGGUCUUUUCAGAGAUUCUCACGUUCCAAAUCCGCUCCGAAAUCGCCUCGAGCAGCGAGCGCGCCUAUCCGAGUCUGCCCAUCAGCUCCGCAAAGUCGCUGCUCUUUCUCGACUCCGAGGGCGACGUCAUUUCAUUCGCCCAACAACGCGGUUGGAUUCUGAAGGACGGUCAGAUCUUCUUCCCCGAUACCGCGGAGGGUGUCGCCGCCGAGGACGGUACUACCGAUAAAGAAAUGAGCCAGAUGGUGAUAGAGAACACCCUCGGCUACGCGAGGGAACUCGAGACCAUCGUGUAGAUAGAGAAGACAACGGGGUGGCGAAGGCGGCGUUGUUAACUGUAUUAAUAUCAUGCGAUAGACCAUGAACAAGGGCCACGGAAACUGGAAUCCAAGCUUGGCAUUUACGACCCCCCCAUGAGUAAUGUCCACCUGCAUCGGGAACCAUGUCAUUGAUCGAAACCUCUUUUGUAGCCAGUUGACCAAACUGUAAACUUGUUUCUGGGCUGCGCAGAUCAGACAGCGAACAGAUAAAUGUACGCACAAAAUAGGUCGAUCGCUGCUUUCAAACGCGCACGCAU